CCUCCGCCUGCCGCACGCUGCGUCCCGGGCUGACAAACACGGGCCAGGAGAAGAAGAAGAAAAAGAAGAAGUGAACAUCUGCUGAGCCGUAACAAGAUAAAGGUUAUGAAACAAUGGAUGACUGACAAAUAAGAAAUAUUGACUUGAUAUUUCCAGGAGCAGCGCCGCAUCAGUCAGUCUUGGCAACAACAACAAAAAAAGGAGACAAAUCUGUUUGGAUUUUUCCAGAAAAGUUCCAUCUUUACGAAGGAUUUUAAUAUUUAUUUAUUUUUUAUUUUUGCAACCAAAACGUCCGGUGAAGUGUUUCUCCUCCAAAAGAGAUUGUGUUGGGGAUGUUGAGCUCUGUGAAGAUGGAAGCCCAUGAUCUACCAGAGUGGAAUACUUUCUACAGCGAGGCCAGCGAGAUGUAUUCCUCUCCCAGCACCAUGAACUCUGGUCUGGGCUCCAUGGGCUCCAUGGGCACCAUCAACAGCUACAUCAACUUGAAUCCAGCCACCGCCUCCCCUGCAGGCAUGAACAUGGCGUACCCGAGCUCCAGCCUCAGCGGGUCCCCUCUGGCCUCCAUGGGCUCCGGGCCCGGCCACAUGUCCCUCUCCCCGGUGGCCUCGUCCCUCAGCUCGGCCCCUCUGUCCCAGCUGGGCCCCGCUGCUCCGGGCUCCCUCAGCUCCCUGCCCCACUACCAGAGCAUGGGCCAGUCCAUGAGCCAGCUGGGGUACCCCAACACUGCCUCCCUGAGCCGGGCCGGACCCAAAGAUAUGCCCCCGAAGCCCUACAGACGCUCCCUGACCCACGCCAAGCCGCCAUACUCCUACAUCUCCCUCAUCACCAUGGCGAUCCAGCAGAGUGGCAGCAAGAUGCUCACCCUGAACGAGAUCUACCAGUGGAUCAUGGACCUGUUCCCCUACUACCGUGAGAACCAGCAGCGCUGGCAGAACUCCAUCCGCCACUCGCUGUCCUUCAACGACUGCUUCGUGAAGGUGGCCCGCUCACCGGACAAGCCGGGCAAAGGCUCCUACUGGACUCUGCACCCGCAGUCGGGCAACAUGUUCGAGAACGGCUGCUACCUGAGGCGCCAGAAACGCUUCAAGAUCGAGGACAAGAUGGCCAAGAGAGGAGCCAAGAGCCAGGAGGGCUCAGGGAAAGGAGGCCACGGUGGAGAUCACCUGUCGGAGGAUCACAGCCCCACAGGAGGCUCAGAGGGAGCCGACUCUGCCCACUCAGACAACUCCCACCCGGGCUCCUCCGACGACCAGCCGCAUCCCCGAAACUCCCUGGUUCCACUAGACUGCCCACCGCUGUCCUCCUCACACCUCCACAGCCCGCCUGUCUCCCUGCCACCUUCCUCCUCCACCUCCUCCUCCUCCAUCCCUCAAUCCUCCCUGUCCCUCUCCGCCACCUCCUCCACCUCCUCCAACCUCCUCCACUCCCAGUCUUUAGUGGGUAGUGCCCACCUCCUGCCCAGCACCAUGCAGCACCACAUGGACCUACAGAGUGACGCUCUCAAGUCCCUGGACCCCCACUACAACUUCAACCACCCGUUCUCCAUCACCAACCUCAUGUCCAACGAGCAGAAGAUGGACCUCAAGUCCUACCAGGACCAGGUGAUGGCCUACAACAGCUACACCGGCACCUCUCCUGUGGGGGCCAAGCAGAUCUACGACAGCCCGGGGCCGACCAGCAUGGACUCAGGCGCUUACUACCAAACUCUGUACAGCCGCUCGGUGCUCAACGCCUCCUAAUAUGGACGCUCACACACACACACACACACACACACACACACACACACACACACACACAUACACACCUGUCUGUAGAGGUGAGCCAAGAUGGAGACUUCUCUUCCUCUCUGCCUCUCUGCCCUUUUCUAAAAUGGACACCCGAGCUCUCUUUAUCUUCCUCUUUCUCUCUCUCUCCCUCUCUCUCCCUCUCUGGCUCUCGUCCAGCGGCCUUGGAAGAGACUCACAUCUAAAAUGGCUGCCGUGGUCGAGGGGCAAAAGAACAGUUUUUUUUUUUUCCUUUUGGAGCGUGGAGAGCGGUCGGUUACAUGGAGGACAGAAGAGUGAAGCCGGACGGUCGGAAGACGUCUGACUCGUCCGUGUGUCGCAGGAGAAACUGCACGUGGUGAAAUUGGCUCUGUACAAAAUGUAAAUAGAGGUAAUGUGGGGGGAAAAGGAUAUUUGCAUUUAUUUAUGAAGGGAAUAAAUUUUAAUAUAUCUUGUAUAGCGCUCUGUCGACCAGUUACAACCCCAAUGUGAGUUUGUUAUUUGUUUAAAAUCCAAAGAUGGAGGAGAGGAGGCGAGUUUCAGGUUACUGCUUCAGGCAGGUGUUACUGCCGUAGGAGACGUGUUUUCCUGCGCGUUACAGCAUUUCACACCACGUCCAUCAUUUCUGUCAGAUCAGGCGUCCGUCUAUGUAAAUGUAGCUCAUGAAGUCUGUACUUUCAAACUUUUUUGUUUUUGUAGGUUUAUAUGAAGAAGAAGAAGAAGAAAAAAAGCCAUUUUGUCCUCGUGGGAGGAGACAGAAGUUUAAAUACAAAUCUUCUGCAGCCACGAGGAAAAGAGGCAAAGUAACUGUGGUAAAAACUAAAAAAAUAAAAAACAAACAAA